AUGUCCGAUUGCCCCCUUACUGACGACGCAAUCCACCAGUUGAAUGUGUCGGAGUUCGCUGCUAAAGCCCGACAGAACGAUAUACCGCAUGCUACAAUACCUGCUGAAGUCGGGUUCUAUAUAGAAUCAAGCUUUGCUGUAGCCGACAUUAACAUUGACCCAUCAAAAUUUGCGGGGAUUGGUGGUGUUGCUGAAAGGAGACUCGUCGAGCUGAUGCAAAAGGACAGGACCGACACUGAGCGCCCUCGAGUGCUAUUUGAGCUGAUUGUUCCUAAUCUGGCACACACUGAGCAGGCAGACCAUGGCAUCCGGCUACAGGAUCUGCUGGAGGUCCGGCCAACACACAAGCGCGAGCGCAUUGUGCUGUAUCUCCACGGUGGAGGGUACAUAUACGGAUCACCUGCAUCACACCGGGGGCAUGUGGCGAAGAUUUCAGCAAUGACGGGCAUGCGCGCAGUGGCGAUUGACUACCGACUCUCGCCACUCAACAUGUUCCCAGCACAGCUCCUUGACGCACUCUACUCGUAUCUUUUUCUGCUCGACCAGGGAUUCCAGCAAGAGAACAUUAUCUUAGCGGGUGAGAGCUCAGGCGGAAAUCUGGUUUUGGUCUUGGCACUGCUGCUGCGCCAUCUAGGCAUAGGUAAUUUGCGUGGUACUGUGCUUAUCUCGCCAUGGCCAGAGCUGUCUUGCACUAGCCGUAGUGCUGUAGAAAACGAGGAUUUCGACUAUUUGACCUUUCCAAAUGUCGAGUUCCCUGAGAACCCAGGCCGUAUGUUCUACGCGCCUGGACAUAGGCUUACUGAGGAUUUAAUCGCUGAGCUGCGUCACCCGCUGGUAUCGCCUUUAUACGGUGACUUCUCUGACUUUCCGCCAACCUUAAUCCAAGCGGGUACCAGGGAACGUCUCUAUGAUGAUAUCGCCAAACUAUACGAGAAAAUGUCAGCUCAGAACACCCACGAAACAGCUAACAUCGUUUUCGAGGCCUAUGACGACAUGAUUCAUGUAUUCCAGCAGUUCGAGGAGGCACCCGAUACGGAAAUCGCUUAUGCAAGUAUUGGAAAGUUUAUAAGAUCUCUUUGA